CCCACCCUAUGGAGUUUCCCCGAAAGCCCUUGCGUGCGCCAAUAUCCGGCUGUUCCAAGAUGGCGACUCCCAUGCAUCGGCUCAUAGCUCGGAGAAUAGCUGAAGCCAAUAAGCAACAUGUAAGAUGCCAGAAAUGCUUGGAGUUUGGACAUUGGACUUAUGAAUGCACAGGGAAAAGAAAGUACUUACACAGGCCUUCAAGAACAGCAGAGCUGAAGAAGGCGUUAAAAGAAAAAGAAAAUAGACUAUUGCAGCAAAGCAUCGGAGAGAACGACACAGAGAGAAAGACUAAGAAGAAGAGGUCUAAGAGUGUCACAAGUUCGAGCACCUCUAGCAGUGACAGUUCCGCCAGUGAGUCUUCAUCAGAGAGUGAGACAUCUGCCUCCUCCUCCUCAGAGGACAGUGACUCAGAUGAGAGCAUCUCUAGCUCCUCCUCCUCAGCCUCCUCUUCCUCUUCCUCCUCCUCCUCUUCUGACUCGGACUCGGACUCCAGCUCCCCCAGCAGCAGCAGCAGUAGCACAGAGAGCAGCUCUGAUGAUGAACCUCCAAAGAAGAGGAAGAAGAAGUAGAGCUCUCUGUCCUUGGGCCCAGUGGACCAGAAGCGCUUGUGACUCACAGGGGAGCUGAAAACAUGCUCACGCAAGCAGCUGACGGCUGGUCAGACUUGUUAGACUCA